UCAGUUGUCUUAUUGAUCAACACAAAAACAGGCGAUUAAUUACAAGCAUGGAUGUUGAGACACGACAAAAUAUCAAAAAACACCUAACAGAAAUUAAAGAUUCAGAAGUAAAGAUCAAUGAGGAAGGAAGUGGUGGUAUUGGCAGCACUGACGACGGCUUCCACCGUGGUAGCGGCGGUGCUGUUGGUGAGACAAUGGAAGCGACGGAGCGAGCAACGGUGGAGACAUGCACAGCGUAUUCUUCGUAAAUUUGCAAGAGAAUGUGCAACACCUGUUCCUAAAUUAUGGCUAAUUGCUGAUGAUCUUGUUGCUGACAUUCAAGCUGGUUUAACUAAUACUGAAUCUAGCCUUCAAAUGCUUCCUUCUUGCUUACCUUCACUACCCACUGGUGAUGAGAAAGGUCUAUACUAUGGAAUUAAUCUUCGUGGAACUAACUUCAUCAUCGUGCAAGCACGUCUUGGAGGAAAAAAUGCACCCAUUUCACGUAUUGGAGGAAGAAAUGAACCCAUUUCGGAUCUAUACAGGCAAGAAAUUCCAAUUCCUCCCAACAUAAUAGAGAGCAGCUCCCAGGAAUUAUUUGAUUGGAUAACAGUGGAGCUUGGAAAAUUUAUCUCCAUGCAUAGUGAAGGUCUACAAGGAGGGGAGAAAAAUCUGGGAUUUACUGUAUCACCUACAAUUGCGGAAGUAGCUGCCUCCAGGGAAACAGCCAUUACAUGGAAGGACUCAUUAUUUGGAGAUGCAGCAGGGAACAAGUUGUUGAAUGAAAUCAAUGCUGCCAUGGAGAAGCACUGUGUUGACAAGCGAGUUUUUGCCCUGGUUGAUGAUACCAUAGGAGUUUUGGCUGGAGGAAGGUAUUAUAGUAAAGAAAGUGUGGCUGCAGUCACUCUGGGGAUGGGAACUAAUGCUGCUUAUAUAGAAUCAGCAGAAUCCGUCGUAAAAUGGCCUGAUCAGACUCCAAAACCAGAAGAAAUUGCAAUUAAUAUCCAAUGGGGGAAUUUUAGAUCUUGCCAUCUUCCAAUUACCGAAUUUGACACAUCGUUAGAUGCCGAAAGUUCAUAUCCUGGUAGUCAGAUAUUUGAGAAGCUUAUUUCAGGUACAUAUUUAGGAGAAACUGUUAGAAGAGUCUUAUUAAAGAUGGCUCAGGAAUCAGCUUUAUUUGGAGAUACUGUACCACCUAAGCUAGCAAUUCCAUACUCCUUGAGGUCCCCUGAUAUGGCUGCCAUGCAUCAAGACACAUCAGAGGAUUAUGAAAUAAUUGAUGAGAAACUGACAGAAAUUUUUGGGAUAACUAACUCUACAACGACGGCAAGAGAACUAGUUGCGGAGGUCUGUGAUGUUGUAGCAGAACGUGGAGCUCGGUUAGUUGGAGCUGGCAUUGUGGGGAUUGUAAAGAAAUUGGGAAGACUUUCUAAUAGGAUUAGCAUCAUUACAGUAGAAGGUGGUGUCUAUGAGCAUUAUCGCAUUUUCAGGAACUAUCUGCAUAGCAGUGUAUGGGAGAUGCUUGGCAAUGAACUCUCAGACAAUGUGAUUAUUGAGCACUCUCAUGGUGGCUCUGGAGCCAGUUCCAUCUUUAUUGCUGCUUCACAACCUUAAGCCUCAAAUUCAUACUAACUUGGUGGUUUUAGCCAUAACAGAUAGUUACAUCAGAUUGUUUGCAGCAUCUUAUUUAUUACUAAUUAACUUAUUUGUAUUCUUUUACAUCACGGAUCCACUGAGAUGUUGUUUUCAGCAUCUUAUUUUAUCUUGAA